AUGGGUGGUCACGGCGACCACCACCACCACCACCACCACCACCACCAGGAAGUUGGAGUGCUCGUCGACGACGACGAGGAGGAGCUCGAGCACCACGCGAGGGCGGCCUGCGGUGGCGCCACGAGCGGAGUGGUGGAGCAAGGAGUAGGAGAUGGCGGCGGUGGUCAAGACGCCGCGGGCAUGGUGUUCGAGGCGAGCAGUAGCGUGGGGAGCGUGAGUGCGGCAACCAUGGCGCCGCCUCAGAUCCUCUGCUGGCCACUGCCGCCGCCGUCCGCGCCGCCACAGCAGCAGCAGCAGCAGCUCCACCAGGACCACCACCACCACCACAGCGUCGGCGGCAGCGGUCACCAGUCCCCGUUCUUCCCGCUUCUGCCGCCGCUCCCCCCGCAACCGCCCCCGCCGCCGCCGUUCUUCGCCGACUUCUACGCGCGGCGCGCGCUCCAGUUCGCGUACGAUCACCACCAUUCGGGCGGCCCGUCCACGUCGUCGGACCCGCUCGGCCUUGGCGACCUCUACAUGGGGAUGGGGCACCACGGCGGCUCAGGGAUGAUGAUGCCCCCGCCCUUCGCGUCGUCGCCGUUCGGAGACUUCGGCCGGAUGACCGCGCAGGAGAUCAUGGACGCCAAGGCGCUGGCGGCGUCCAAGAGCCACAGCGAGGCCGAGCGCAGGCGCCGCGAGCGCAUCAACGCGCACCUCGCGCGCCUCCGCAGCCUCCUGCCCAACACAACCAAGACAGACAAGGCGUCGCUGCUGGCGGAGGUGAUCCAGCACGUCAAGGAGCUGAAGCGGCAGACGUCGGAGAUCACGGAGGAGGCGUGCCCGCUGCCCACUGAGUCCGACGAGCUCACCGUCGACGCGUCCAGCGACGAGGACGGCCGCCUCCUCGUGCGCGCGUCGCUCUGCUGCGACGACCGCGCCGACCUCCUCCCCGACCUCAUCCGCGCGCUCAAGGCGCUCCGCCUGCGCGCGCUCAAGGCCGAGAUCACCACCCUCGGCGGCCGCGUCAAGAACGUGCUCGUCAUCACCGCCGACGACAGCACCGGCGGCUGCGAGGGGGCGGCGGCGGCGGCGGGUGACGACCAGCAGGAGGAGGCAGCGCCCAUGUCGCCGCAGCACACGGUCGCGUCCAUCCAGGAGGCCCUGCGCUCCGUCAUGGAGCGCACGGCGUCGUCGUCGUCGGCCGCCGAGGAGUCGGGAGCGGCAGCAUCAUCUGGCGGCGCCGCCGGGCUCAAGCGGCAGCGCACGACGAGCCUUUCGGCGAUGCUAGAGAACAGGUCCAUCUAA